UUGGAGGUCAUGAGCUCCUCAAGGCUUCUUGGAAAAGGCUCGGUGCCCUUUGGACCUGCAGCUGAUAAAAACCGAACCGACAGACUGAGGAUGAUGAAGCGGUGGGAUCUGGUAGAAGGUCUCCGUUACACUUCAGCGGUUUAUUGGUGUUUUUCCAGCUGAACGAAGCCAUGACAGGAGCAUCUUGGAUUGAGGAGACCUUCUUUAGAAGGGAGUGUGUGAAGUUCAUCCCUUCUUCUUGGGACCAACACAGAUGCAUUCCUGUGUGUCAAGUAUGCCAAAGCCUGAUCAGAUGUUGCUGUGGCCGCCUGAUGGGGGAACACUCUUGGGAGGAGUCUUGUCCUCCGACCUCCCUCUAUCCCAGCCCAGGACAGGACAUGGAGGAGGAGUGGUCCAUGGAGGCUCAUACAAAGGCCAGUCCCACCAACGCCUAUGGGAUCGUAGACUUUCAGGAUACCGCCACACGUGUCUGUCGGGCAAAGUAUGUUCGCGUGGCUGUGGACUCCAAGCCAGAGGCGCUACUCCAGCUGAUGCUGAAGGAAUGGCAGAUGGAGAGGCCGAAGCUACUGCUGACUGUCCAUGGAGGGUCAGAAAAUUUCCUUCUGCCUCCAAAGGUGAAGCAGGCCUUCGGUAAGGGGCUCAUCAUGGCUGCCAUAAGCACAGGAGCAUGGAUAAUCACUGAUGGGGUCAAUACAGGUGUGUCAAAGUACGUUGGUGAAGCAGUGAAGCUAUUUGGAGGCCAUGACCUGAGGAAGAGAAACACUAUUGGAAUUGCACCAUGGGGAAUGAUUGACAACAACCUGGACCUUAUCGGCAGAGAUGUAUUCAGGCCCUACCAGCCGCUUGGAAACCCUUUAAGCAAGAGGGCGUGUCUUAAUGGUUUCCAUUCCCACUUCCUGUUUGUGGACGACGGGACGUCAGGGAAACCGUGUUGUCAUCAAGGCCUCAGAAGAAAACUGGAGAAACAUAUCCAACUGCUGAAGAUACACCCCCGACUGAACCAGGGAGUGCCUGCUCUGUGCGUGGUGGUGGAAGGAGGCCCUGCUGUUAUAUCCACCGUGUUGAACUAUGUCAACAAUGUGCCCCCUGUCCCAGUGUUUAUAUUUGAGGGGUCGGGCCGGGCGGCAGACCUCUUUGCCUUCUUACACAAGCAGACCGCUAAUGAUAGGGAGUUGGAAUCUGACAUUAAGGAGGACUUCCUGGGUAGGAUUGGGGAUGCGUUUGGAGUUGAGAGUCCUGAAGCUGCUCACCUUUACACUCUUCUCCAGCAGUGCAUGGAUCACAGAGAAUCUAUCACCAUCUUCGACUCCGACUCAGACGAGCAGAUGUCAAUCGAUGCAGCCAUUUUGAGCUCUGUUCUCAAAGGAACCAAAGCAAGUCCAUCAGGACAGCUGAGGUUGGCUCUGGCUUGGGAUCGAGCUGAUAUUGCACAGAAAGACAUCCUGGUGUAUGGUCAGCACUGGCAUAUGGGCUCCCUGGAACAAGCAAUGCUGGAUGCUCUGGUGAUGGACCGGGUCAGUUUUGUGAAAUUGCUGAUCGACAAUGGCAUGACCAUGAGCCGCUUCCUCACAGUGGAUCGUCUUGAGGAGCUCUACAACUCAUCACAGGGUCAGACUCAGCGCUUCUUGCAGCACCUUGUUGAAGAUGCAAAACAGACCUCUCUUCCUAUAGGUUACCGCCCGUCUCUCAUUGACAUGGGCCUGGUGAUAGAAUACCUCAUCGGAGGGGCAUAUCGAAGCUCCUACACUCGGAAAAACUUCAGAGCUGCUUACAGUCGCAUGCAGGGCAGAGAGAGUGGACAGGACAGCUCUAGUUCCUUUAGUAAUCAAAGAGGACGGAUGAGCUUAAAGAGUAGAAGUCUCCAGGAUCUGCAUUUCUUCAGAACGGCCCAACCCUACAGAAGCAAAGAUCAAACUGUGUCAACUGGGAGCACUCAUUUGGUUGUGUUGACUCCCAGUGUCACUGGCACCCUGCUGCCCUGUCCUUUCAACUUCAAUGACCUGUUUGUCUGGGCUGUACUCCAGCAACGCCAGCAGAUGGCACUGUUCUUGUGGCAACAUGGGGAGGAAGCGCUGGCGAGAGCUAUUGUGGGCUGUAAGCUUUAUCGCUCCAUGGCCUUUGAGGCGCGGCAGAGCAACAUGGAUGACAUUAUUGCGGAACGAUUCAAGGCAUAUUCACUGGAGUUUGGUCAGCUGGCAGUGGACGUGUUAGAUUGUGCAUUUCAGCAGAACGAGCAAAUGGCCAUGAAACUGUUAACCUCAGAGAUGGAGGCAUGGAGUAAUUUCACAUGUCUGCAGCUGGCUGUCUCUUCGUGUCAUAGGCCAUUUGUGUCACACUCUUGCACUCAGACUCUGCUCACAGAUCUCUGGACCGGUCCACUCAACAUGAGAAAAAACUCCUUUAUGAAGAUUAUUUUGAGCCUUCUCCUGCCUCCUGCCAUCUUGCUCCUGGAGUUCAAAAGCAAAGCUGAAAUGUGCCACGUGCCACAGAGCCAUGAGACGCCGCUGUUUGGGAUUGAGCCUGUGAAAUCACUGCCAGUUCCUAAGGGAUCUGAUCAGAUGGACAGUGUGGAUGCAGAGCGAGGCCUCCCGUUUCAUGAUAAAUCUGUCGGUUCUGCAUCAGAAAUGGUGUCCAAUGCAUUUAGACAGUGCCUUUCCUGGAUCAAACGGAUGUAUGAUUUUUACACCGCUCCUGUUGUCAAAUUCUGGUUCCACACAAUGUUCUACUUGUGCUUCCUGAUGCUGUUCUCCUAUGUCAUCCUGGUGAAGAUGGAGGAAUCGCCAAGUGUUCUGGAGUGGCUGGUUAUUGCUUACAUUAUAUCCACUGCAGUUGAGAAAACCAGAGAAGUAUUAAUGUCUGAACCGAGGAAGCUGAGGCAGAAGCUGAAGGUUUGGUUCUCAGAGUACUGGAACAUAUCAGACUUUGUUGCCAUCCUUCUGUUCCUGGUUGGGCUGGUGAUGCGUUGGCUUGGUGAUCCCUACCACACUACAGGACGCAUUUCUUACUGUUUAGACAUCAUCUUCUGGUUCGUCAGAGUUUUGGAUCUUCUAGCUGUCAAUCAGCAUGCUGGUCCUUACCUCACCAUGAUCACCAAGAUGACCAGUAACAUGUCCUUCAUCGUGGUGAUGAUGGCAAUUGUACUUCUGAGCUUCGGCGUGUCCAGGAAGGCCAUCUUGUCCCCAGAUCAGGAGCCAUCAUGGUAUCUAGCUCGAGAUAUAGUCUUCCAGCCCUACUGGAUGAUCUUUGGAGAAGUCUACGCUGGAGAACUUGACUCGUGUGCUGAAGACGAUUCCUGUCCUCCAGCAUAUUUUCUAUCCCCACUUCUACAGGCCGUCUACAUGUUCGUCCAGUACAUUAUCAUGGUCAACAUCCUUAUUGCAUUUUUCAACAACAUCUAUUUUGAUAUGGCCUCAAUUUCCAACAAAUUGUGGAAGUACAACCGGUACCGCUACAUAAGGACCUAUCAGGAGAGGCCGUGGCUGCCCCCACCCCUCAUCCUCCUCAGUCACAUGGCUCUUGCUGUGAGAAAGAUCUACAGGAGGUUUUGUGGAGAUGCUGAGCGAGAAGAGAAGCGCUCUGGAUUAAAACUCUAUCUGGGUUUUGAGGAUAAAAAGAAGCUGUAUGAGUUUGAGGAGAAAUGUGUUGAAGUUUACUUUCAUGAGAAGAAUAAAGAUCUCCACAGCACUCAAAUGAGCAGGAUUGGAGCCACAGCUGAGAGAGCUGAUGAGAUGUGUGGAAUGGUGGGAGAGGUCUCAGAGAAGGUAGACUUCAUCCAAGACAGCCUGUCAGAGUUGGACGGUCAGCUCGGGCAGCUUCAGGACCUCUCUGCGCUGGCUGUGGACACCCUCACCCUGCUCUCUGCCUCCGACAGCCUUCAUCAGGAAGAGGCCCGCCUGGCGCAAUGUCGUCGCAUCUCUGCAGCAAACCAUCACGUCCUCCCUCACAGCUGGGCCCUUCCUCACAGGGGAGGAGAAGAGUGGGACGUUUCUAACGCGCGCCGCCUGAUGAUCAAAGGCUGUAAAAGCACCCCACCCUCUUUACUAAAGGGCUUCACUCUCGAGGGGAGUCGACAAGUAUCUCAGAAGCACCACGUUGAAGUCAGACGAGGCAGAGAGGGAAAAGAUGGAGAGGAAACUGCAGGAGAGGUUUCCACAUUGGCCUUUGUUGAAGAUCUUGAUGAGAAACAGUUCAGAGACUCUAGACUUGAACCACACGAUUCCUCCCCUCACUUCUUUCUUGGUGGUCAAAAGAAUAAGACGCCUUCUGAGUCUGCUGAGUCGUCCCGCUGCGGGUCUCCUACUUUUCUCAAAGCCUUCGGGACGCCACAUAACAAACCUUGGACAUAUGAGCCGUAUUUGUAUUCCAGUCAGCAGGAAGCUACGAUGGAAGAAGGAGAAGAGGAUGCUGAGGAAGAAGAAAUAACAGAGGAAGAUCUACCACACAUGGAGGAAACAAGUUUUCCAUCGAGACAUUCUAGCCAUUGGAGGAAACCCCCGAUAUGUCCCAGGUGGACGUGUGCACCCAGAGUGUGUCCAUUUGGGUACUGCAGGUCUCUGUCUUCCAGCAUGGAGAACAUGGCUUUUUCUGGUGCUCCUCUCAGUCCAACGAAGGGAUCUUUCCCAUCUCUCAAAGACGCUAUGAACAAGGAGAUCAUGUUUGACAGAGGAGGGUCAAGAGAUGAUGCUCCUUUACGGUGCAGUAAAAGCCAAGAAUGGGCAAAGUCCCCAGCCUUCUGCCAGGACAUGGACAGCAGAGGGAAAAUCCCCAACCGGAAGACCGUAAAGAUAAAAGACAGCACUCCAGAUCCAGAGACCUUGGAGUCCCGCUUGUCUGAUGCCUUCUGGAAAAAACGUCGAAGGCUUAUUGGAGGAGCUACAUGUUGGUCAGCUUCAGCCAGCCUCAGUCAGCUAAAUUCUGACUCCACUGACUCGAUGCAGAAGCAGCUGUUCUCCCAUCAGGAGAUGUGGAGCCCCACUCAUUCAGCAUGGAACAGCCGGGCGCGAUCAGUGGGCCGCAGGUCGUCUUUGCAGAGUGGAUUUGCCCCAGAAGUGAAGAGCUCCUCCUUCCAGUCCAGUGACAACCUGUACCCACACUUUUCAGCAAUGGAAAGAAACAAUCUAAUGAGACUGGCUCACAACAUCCCCUUUACUCCUGUUUCUAUUUUGGGAGGUGAAGAAGUGAGUGUGUUUUCUCUGACUGAGGUCUGCUCUGAAGCUGAAUCUGGAUCCAGCUCGGUCUCUUCCUGGUCCUCCCGAGGUCUGUCUGCAAUGCUGAAGCCGCUUUCUAGUGAGGAGGGUUCCUUGGAUGGGGGUCUCCGGCAAGGCUGCAGAGUGCUGUGUACCUGGGCAGAACAGGACGUGCUGAAGCCUGGUCAGAUAUAUGUGGUCAAAGCCUUUAAGCCGGAGGUGAUUCGUGCUUGGCAAAGGUACUUCCAUGGCAGCACCGCAUUGCAGCUCUGUUUAAGGGAGAUCCAGCAGCAGAGAGCGGCCCAAAAGAUGAUUAAGGUCUUUAACCAGAUCAAACCCAAAUAUAUAGAUCACUCGCCAAGAUUUCUAGAUGUUUCCCUGGUCCUCUGGCACUCUAAUGGACACUGGUUGACCAUUGAGAGAAAUCUAAUAGGCAACUUCAGGAAAUACAAUAACAACACAGGGGAGGAGAUCGCCCCCUGCUGUUCAUUAGAGGAGGUGCUGUUGGCAUUUUCCCAUUGGACCUAUGAGUAUUCACGGAGAGAAAUGUUGGUGCUGGACAUACAAGGAGUGGGAGAGCAGCUGACGGAUCCCACAGUCGUCAUGGCAGAUGACCAAAGCUGUAGCAGGGGUGAGAUGCUCUUUGGUCCCGAUAACCUUGGAGAAGUUGCCAUCAGUGGCUUCCUGCAGAAGCACUCCUGUAACUCCUGUUGCCGCAGACUGGGCCUAAAAGAUUUAAGGAGGCUCCCGGGCAACUGCGAGAAUAACAGUGAUGUAGAGCAGACGUCGGGGAAGAAAGAAGGAGACGGCCAUUAGAACGAGAUGUAACUUUUGACCAAGGAAGGAUGCAAGGGGGAAAACAAACACAAAUGCACUUAUUCCAACAAAGAUGUUUUUCUGAACAAUAUCACCCUUUAUUUGUUUACAAUGUAAACUGCCUGAUAAGAAGAGAUAGGCGUCUGUCUUCAGAGGUUAAGUUUUUAUCUGAACUUUCAUAAAGCAAAUAAAGAGGAAGCUAAAAGGAAUACCUACACUUUUGUAUAGAUUUCUUAAAAGGCUUUAUCAUUGAAUUGUUGUAAACUCGCACUACGAGAUUGUAGCUAGAAUCUAAAAUGAAACUGAUCUGUUUUUUUUGUAAGUAGAAAAAUAAAGGCAGAAAUGCACUCA